AUGGAGACGCUGCCGGACGACGUGGUCCUGGAAAUCCUGGUACGCAUGCCGGAUGCCCCGCACCUGUUCCGCUGCGCGGCGACGUGCAAGCGCUGGUGGUUCCUCGUAGCACAACCAUCCUUCCUCCGCCGCCGCUGGCCAGAGGACACGCACCAUCCCUCCUCCCUCCUCGGCUUCUUCGCCGAGGAAUAUCGAUCAGCCGGUCCACGGAGCUACAAAAUUAGGCAUGUGCCGUCCUUUAUUCCGGCGCCCUCGUCGCCCUUUCGGCCUCGCAGCCCCAUCGCGAGCUUCGCCGACGCCGGCGACAUGCGGGAAUUGCCACUCGCCUCGCGCCGCGGCUUUCUUCUCGUGCAUCUCCUCGCCGGCCAUCACCGUCGGGACGCAUACAAGGAAUUCAACCUGGCCGUGUGCGACCCGCUCAGUGGCACAAGCCGCGUGCUGCCCACGCUCAAGUAUGACAGGCUUUUCAGGAUCAAAGGUUGUGCUAUUCUAACCGGCUGUUGCUCCAAACAACAACAACAACAACAACAACAACAACAACAACAACAACAACCGGUGUUAUCAACCUGCUCGGCCUUCUCCAAAGUGUUAAUAAUUGGCUUCGACAACGAUGACCAGCAGUACAGUAUCUCCAUGUUCUCGUCGGAUGAGUCGAGCUGGAGGGCGCCUGAAAACUGCUUCGACCCUUCAGAGCACGGCAUUCAGCUGGCGCCUUCACAGGUCAACGCGGUCGUGUGCCAAGGAGCGGCGCACUGGCUCUUCAGGGACAAUUCAAACUUCUACACGCUGCACGCGAGCGUUGAGACGGGCCAUACCACCUUGACGAAGCUCUCGCUCACACUCGGCAGCCUCGGCCGCAACUUUAGGGACGUACCACGGCUAAGCGUCACCAACGGAGUGCUAUCACUGCUUGCAUUACAUAAAAAAUGCCUAAGAGCGCAGAUAUGGACAUGUCGAGGUGACAAAAAGAGCAGAGGUUGCACCAGAGACUGGCGCCACACUAAGAUGAUCAAGCUAGAACGACCGGAGCAGAAUCAUACCAAGAUAGUGCAUUACAUGUGGGCAGGGGAGAGGAGCGGUGUAUUGCUUAUCAAGGCAAGCCCCUACUUCAAACAGUGUGUAUAUGUUGCUAACCUUCAAACCGGGACAGUGGAGGAGGUCAUCGACAAGUUUUGCGGCGAGUGCACGACGCCUAUCCCGUUUGAGAUUGAUUGGCCAGCCUUCUUCAUGUCUCGCUUGGCAGGCGAUAGCAUCAAUCAGGCUAAAUUGGGAGAAACCAUACUGAGCAUUACCAACCUUCUUGGAGGCCAAUAG